AAGAGAGUUAUGUCAAGUCUUCCCAAGGAUUAGUGAAGACAUUGAAUUGUCCAAAUCAAUAUGGAAAAUGUUCUGCAUUUAUUUCCACACUUUAGCAUUACGGCUUCGUCUGGUGAGUCGCAUUUCAAGGUGUUCAAAGAAUUUCAAAAGCACCGAGCAAAAAAAGAUUCCGGAAAUGGCCUGACUGACAGAAGAAAUAGACGGAGCCGUCUACAAAAAGCAGAAUCUCAUGAAAAUGUAUUUUUAGAUAAAUCUGAGACUUUCACCUGCAUUACAAGUGUGUCCCCCGAAGAGGCAGAGAAAUGGGGUGAAUCCUUUGACAAACUGCUUUCUCAUAAAGAUGGGAUAGAAGCAUUUAAAAAGUUCCUGAAAAUGGAGUUCAGUGAUGAAAACCUAGAGUUUUGGUUGGAAUGCGAGGAAUACAAACAAAUCAAAACAAAUAAACUCAUGAAUGACAAAGCGAAGUCCCUCCAUGAAAAAUACAUUCAAAUGGACUCUCCCAGAGAGGUCAAUCUUGACUUUACCACAAAGGAAAUUACCAAGAAAAGCAUCGAACACCCAGCACAAACCAGCUUUGAUCUUGCACAAACUAAAAUUUAUACCCUUAUGGAGAAGGACAGUUAUCCAAGGUUCCUGAAAUCAAACAUCUACUCUGAUAUGUUAAGUGGAAAACAAAUGCUUGCUAAAUUACCUGCUGGGCGCAGGAGGUCUCGAUCUUUUACUGUUAAUGACUUCCAACAAUUUGAUUCUGACUCUAGUAUAUGGCUGUGAAUCCUCAUUCAGUUUACAUAUACUUUAGUCAGUGUUCUUGUAAUUGAUAUCUUAAUGAGCUACACCUCUUGUUUUAGAUGACCAAUGCUUUGUACAUAUAAAGACCAAGCAGCUUGCAGUUGCAGUUUUAACAACACUAGCUGGAAGUGUGAAACCUGUUUCAGUAUUUUUUUAGUCUAUAUUACUGACAUUUUUCAUUAAAAUAUGAAUGUUACCCUAGUUUUGUAAAUAAUAGCUAAAGAUAAUAAAUGUAUAUAGCUUUCAAACCAUUGCUUCUAAAGCAUUUCUCAAUGUUCUAUGUAAAUGUGUCACAUCUGCAAGUAGGAAAAAUAGUGGAUGCAAUUAAAACAAUUAUUUUCUUAAUUGUGAUUAAUGGUGCCCAUUCCAAAGUUCACAAGCAAUGAAGGCACGGCACAGAGUUGAUGAUGCCUUCCAAUUUUUCUUGUCCUUUCCAUGUGAUUAUCAGUAGCUUUACGCAUCCCUUGUUUUAUGCAAUCGCAAAUAUACAUAGCAUCAUAGUUCAUAUAUUUUGCUCUUCUAAAUAUGUCAGCUUCACUGUAGAUUGUUUAUGUUUAAAGUUACUUGUAAUUUAAAUGUUUAUUAACUGCCCAAUGCAAUAUCUUCAAGUGCAGGCUCAGGGAAAAAGCUUUCAGGGACAUUCACAGAUAAUCCUUAAAAUAUUUAAAUAAAUAAAGCUUUAUUAAUAUUCCUCACUGUCUUUCACUAUUAUUUUCUUAUUAUAUAUGAGUAGAAGGUGAGGGGAAAAAGCAUCUAUUCCUGAGCAGAGAUUGACAGUUACCUUCUUAGUUAGUCCUAUGAUCUUUUGCUCUCCAUAUGUAAGUGAAUUACUAAUGUGUUUUGGGUUGUUAAUAUCCAAUAAAAAACAUGUUGCAACAAUUAUAAUAUAAUAAUAAUAAAUUUAUUUAUGCAGCAAUUAUAUAAAAAAAA